AAAAGGGAGAAACAUUAGUAGCAGUAACCCAAAUUAUCCCCCAUGUUAAAUCUGCACUCGCUCACAUCAUGCUUGUUUUUCAUGUGUUGACGUUUGUAGUCAUUUGUAACCAUAAUGGCUUCUGUCGCUCAGCUUUUGAAGUAUGACAAAGAAGUUGCAGCCUUCCAUGAUGUUAUUAGGGAAGAGGGCAUCAAGUUUCCACCAAGCUACCCAUACAGUGAAGAGCAUGCUAAACCAACCCAGUACAUGAACACUCGCUGUCCUGCCUGGUGUGAUCGCAUCCUUAUGUCACAUACAGCCCAAGAUUUAAUCCACAGGAGAGACGAUGGUGAGAAGAGUGUUGUUUACUACACAAUGGGUCCUAAUGUCUGCAUGGGAGAUCAUAAGCCUGUGUUCUUGUCCUUGUCACUGAAGACAAAUGACCACAUCUGAUACUUCUAAAUGGCUUUGCUGCCUCCGUCCUGAUUGGGUGCUGCUGCCUAAAUCAAGUCGAUCAGCAAAGCCCUGUAUGUCUGGGGAGCUGUACUUCUCGCCAUUUUGACUGCUCAUACUCAGUCAUUGGGUUUUAGAGGCUUAAAUGCCUUUGAGUUGUAUUUUUAGCCACAUGUGAUUUUGUUUAGACUGUCUUUGUAGGGUAGAGCUGCCUUUAAUUUGUUAUCCCUAAUUUUCUCCUGUUUAUGUGGUGAUUAGGUAGGUUAUUUUUGUAGGGUGUAUAUUUUGUUUUAUUUGGAAUUAAGCAAGUUAACUUUUAAUUUCUUUUUAGGGAUGUUGUAUUUGUAAUAUUGACAAUAUUUCCUUAAACUUAAAUGUCAAUCUGAACCAAACCGAGAUUUAAACUAGCAGAAA